CCCAGUCCCGUCAGACCCGCGGCGGCCACCGACCCGAACACAGCCCCGCGCACUCCUCCGGCCGCUCGUCCCGUGCUCACACGCCUCCUCGUCUCCCUCGGCACGCUGCAGCUACACGCCUCCCCCGCCAGGCCCGCCGCCGCUGCACGCCGGCCAGGAGGUGCUGAGGGCAUUGGCCGCACGGUAGUCAACGCGCUGCAUUAUCGCUGACGCUCAGGUCAUUGACCUCUGCAACGUGUCCUGACCUGACGCACGGGUGUGUGCCCCGAGUGACAACGCCUCCGCGCGAGUUGGCAUCGUCAGUAGUGAGUGUUAGCGGCGAGCAGAGUGAAUGGCGAGCCGUGGCAGUGCAAUCGUGUCCACCAGUGAACUCAUAACAGUGCCAGCCAGCCGACACGUGUGACGAGUGGUGCUCCGCUGCCGUACCGCCCCGAACCCCGAGUCUGUGACAUAGCCGGGCUGACGUAGGGCAGCCCCGGGCACCAGCAGGCAGGCAGGGCACGCCAGGCGCCGGGAGGGACAGCAGAGCGGGUGUGAGCCACAGCAAGGGCGCCAGUGUUGUGAGCGCGCGAGGAGUAUCUCGCCCAGAGGUCAUUCACCCCGGCACGGUGGUGGUGGUGGCGGCGGCCUUGUGGCCUCACCCUCUCUCAAGCUGUUUCGUUGCUCACUCACGCCCUUCGCACCCCAGUCAGUGCCACCGCCUCCUGAGCCGCCCCCAGCGAGUGGCAGGCGCGUGUGGCCGCCCAGGGCCGCGGUUCAGGAGCCGAGGACUGGCUGUAGUGAGGUGCCGAGGGUUCAUUGACCCCGAGCCUUGAGCUGCGCGCACCACGCACACCCACCACUGCCUCCACCACGCCCGCACGCCCACCACGCCGCCCCUCCCGUGUCACCGGCCACAACAAGCUGUGCACCCUCAAGGAAGUGUGCCCGUGUGGUGACCGUUGCGUGUGGUGAGUGUUGUGGUGCAGCAGGACGGUACCUGGUGACGCGGCCGCUGCCGGCCCGGCCCGCCCCACCGCCACAUCUUAAUACAAGUCCGUCACCACCCGCCCGCCGCCCGCCGCCCGGCAACACCCGCCCCGCCCUCCGUCACCAGCGGCGCCGCGGGGCUCCCCGGGGCAGCGGACACACUGUUACGCCAUCGGGUGAGUGCGCCGCCCCGCGAUAGGAGUGUCACUCACCCCGUGCAGCCCGUGGCACCCGGCGGAUAGUGCCAUGCCAGUGACGGGCGUCGUGUAGUGUGUGGCGGCGCCGCGUCGUGCUGGUGCUGCAGGGCCUCACCUGGACCCAUGCUGCAGCACACCGCCCCCGCGACCCAGGACUGUAGGUGCUACUCCACGGUGCUCCCCCCGCCCCGCCCCCGUCCGGCGUGUCCCCGCGCCAGAGCCCCAGCCCAGCCCCUUAUCACGGGCAGCAGCAGCGUGCGGCGCUGAGUACUGGGCUGCAGCGCCCGCCGUCACGUCACCACCAACGGAAAUGGGCAACAACCCGAGCAGUGUGAGGUGAUCCCCGACCCGCGGCCCCCGCGACCACCCCCGUGGCCCUUCUUUUUUUCUUCCCUCUGUCCUUGCUGCUUUAAGUGACUCGUAGCUUUAAACUCCGGCACGUGUGUGGUCACUGACCCGCCCGGACGGCACAAAGCGUUCCCUUCGUGUUGUUAUCACCGCCACCACCGCUAGGAUAAGGUGUAUCAUAGCCACCACCGACACUACUACUACUACUACUACUACUGCUACUAUUAUUACUACUACUACUACUACUACAGUUAUCGUAUUGUGUGUGCGUGCGUUCGUGUUUGAGUGUGUGGGUGUUUCGUCUCGUCCGCUAACACGCUGCACAUUCAUUCCUCAACGAAACCAUAAAAAAAAGGAAAAUAAAAGAAAAGGAAUAGUAAACGAAUAGUAACCAACCAACAAAGUACCGAAUAGCGCGUCGAGGUGACACGCGCACAAACUUGGAACACUGGAUUCGCCGUCUAGAGACCAUUGGGAUUUCGGAACCCUUCUCAAGAGCCCGGAAGAGAACGCGACCAAGAUGGAUAUUCUUAGUGAACUCUUUGGGCCGGGCUGGGCGAACGAGGUGACGGGUGACGCCGUUGACACCACCACCCCGUCCUCGUCCACGCCCACGCCCACGGCCCGCCCGCCCUCCACCGAGAAGAAGUCGAACUCCAUCAAAGGUAAAGCCCAAAUUGAGAUCAUUCCGUGCAAGGUCUGCGGCGACAAAUCUUCGGGAGUGCACUAUGGCGUCAUCACCUGCGAGGGCUGCAAGGGCUUCUUCAGGCGCUCCCAGUCCUCGGUGGUGAACUACCAGUGCCCGCGCCAGAAGAACUGUGUGGUGGACCGGGUCAACCGCAACCGCUGCCAGUACUGUCGGCUCCAAAAGUGCCUCGCUCUCGGGAUGUCCAGGGAUGCGGUGAAGUUCGGUCGGAUGAGCAAGAAGCAGCGGGAGAAGGUCGAGGACGAGGUUCGCUACCACAAGGCGGCCGCGCAGAUGGGUAUGGCCGGCCAGGAGACGUCGCCAGACUCCUCCAUGUACGAGUCCCCGACGCCCACCUCCUCGGACAUCUACACCCCAACGUAUUACGGCUCAGACAUCGCCUCCUUCACCUCCUCCAGCUACAACUACAUCCCUCAGACCACCACCCCGACGGUACCCUUCGAAAUCAACCCCGAGUAUGUUGUUGACUCCACCACCUUCGAUCACCGCCAGCCGUCUUUAGAGCCCCUGUCGGAGUCUGGGGCCAUGUCACCUGUUGUGUCCUCAGGUAAAGGCGGGUUCGCGCAGAGGCAGGGCGGCACAGGUGGAGGAGGAGGUGGAAGCGAGUUAGCUGGUGGUGGGCAGAUGCGAGGUGCCGGACCUGGCGGAGGUGGGGGUGGAGGAGGAGGAGGAGGUGGUGGUGGUGGUGGUGAAGGAGGUGGUGGGGGUGGCUUGAUGGGCGAGGCGGACAUCAUAAUCAAAGAGGAAGUAGAGACGUGCUUUAACAUGGACACGCUGCAGACGACGCGGCUUUGUGGCAGCACCAGCAGUAUGUCCGACAAAAACCUUAGCUCAGUAGACAGCACCACCUAUCUCCCCCCCGGCCCCGCCUCCCCGCCCCUCAGUCAGUCUCAACAACAACAACAACCACAACAACCACAACAGCAGCACCAGCAACAACAACUACAACAACAACAACAGGCGCAGCUACAACAACAACAACAACAACAGCAACAACAACAACAACAGCAGCAACAGACGGGGGUAGCGGGCGCAACGGUGCUUCCCGAAGAAGAGGCAGUGUCCCCUCAUCCGACGCAGCUGGCGGAGAUCCUCGCCCGCUGGGUUGCCGACGCUCACCUCAGGACCUGCCUCUACUCCACCGAGCACAUAGCGGACGUGAUGAGGAAACAGUCCCUUGACAUCUCCAAAGUCACCUACUACAAAAAUAUGGCUCACGAGGAGCUCUGGUUCGACUGCGCCCAGAAGCUGACGUCGGUGAUCCAGCAAAUCAUUGAGUUCGCGAAGGCCGUCCCGGGGUUCAGGAAGUUCUCGCAAGAUGACCAGAUCGUCCUUCUCAAAUCAGGGAGCUUCGAGCUGGCCGUGCUGCGGAUGACGCGGUACUACGACGUCAACCAGAACUGCGUGGUGUACGGCGACACGCUGCUGCCCAUGGAGGCCUUCCUCACCACGGAGACUGUGGAAAUGAAACUUGUUAACAACGUCUUUGAAUUUGCCAAAACUAUCGCUGAACUUAAAUUGACAGACACAGAGUUAGGCUUGUACUCUGCUCUUGUGCUGCUACAAGCAGAUCGGCCGGGCCUCCGCGGGACCGACGAGAUCGCUAAGCUGAACGAAGCCGUCGGUCGGUCCCUGUGCCUGGAGCUGGACAAGACGCACAGGUACCCCGUGAAGGGCGACGUCACGGUGUACGCCUUCCUGAUAGCCAAGAUGCCGGCGCUCAGGGAGCUGAGUAUGUUGCAUCAGGACGCCCUCUGCAAGUUCAAGCGUGCUGCCCCUCACCUGCAGUUCUCAGACCUCCACAAGGAAAUCUUCAACGUGGACUCCUGAGGUGCCUCCUGUAGACUGCGUGGAAAUGAACUUCAGUGUGUUGCGGGGAAGGGAGGAAGAAAAAGCCUCCCUCUCCUCUUCCUCCUCCUCCUCCUCCUCUCCUCCUCUUCAUCUUCCGUCUCCUCCUCUUCCUCCUCCUCCUGCUCCUGCUCCUCCUCGGCUCUGUUGCUCCAUCACAUCGUUUUGUACCAGAGAGUAACCUGUCUGUUCAACACCUCGUGACGCGUUUGUUAGUGUUACUUGUUAGGGCAGAGGACCCAACCCCCUCACCCCCUCCUCCCCCUCACCCGGGCUCUUUUCUAAGAUACCGUUUCUAGAUGUGUUGUGGGUUUUACAGAGUCUAACAAGUGUUCUGUGUAGAGGAGAGGGUGCUGGCAACCUCCAGUGUAUUCUUUCAGCAGCCCUCCGCCAGCAGCAGCAGCCCUCCCCCCCUCCCCCCCUCCUUUACCCCCUACUGUAGACUAUAAUGUUGAUCAUGAUGCCUUACAAUGAGAGUCCGCCGCACGUGUCUGGUUCGGACUCUGCCAGGCUGCGAUGAGGAGUUCCCGAGAGGAUGGUUAAUACUACAUAGUUCAAGGUUGAAGAUUAUAUACAGUUUAUUUUUUAAGGAAUCAUGUAGUCGCCCUUUGUGAGGAUGGAUGGUCCUUUCAUCUUUGUAAAUUUGCGAGAAAAAAAUAAUAAUAAUAUUGUAUACUUAAAAAAAAAAAUGAAGAAGAAAUAUUUAAUUAUAUUAUUACGUGAACUGUUAUAAAUACUAAAAAAUCUAUCUUUAUUGCCGCCUCCUGUUUUAUUUUCUUUUUUUUAGAUGAAUUGUUAUCACUCAUUCUUGUCAUUGUCAAAGCUAAAACCCUACAAAAAAAUGCCACUAAUAUCAUGUCAUCAGCUCCAUCAUUACUUCACUUAAGUUUUUUUUAUGUAUAAGUUUAGGUAGCUUAUAAUUUUUUGUAUAGUUUAAUUUAUUUUUGUUCAGCUUCUCCCAGCAAACACGUCUUGAAAUCAUUAUAUUGUGCCAGUUAACACUAAUCUGCAUCGGUGUGGUCGAGGCCGCGCACUGAGUCCUGGUGAGAAGCUGGCGCCAAGAGGACUGGAACAGAGGUACAAAGAGAACCAGAGUCCGCGGCGGAGCGGGGAGCGUCUCGCCGGGCCCCAUGCGUGCCCCGGGGCGAGAGAGCCACCACCACCUCUUCCGCCCACGCCCACGCCUACACCCACGGCCACACGACGGCGACAGCGUUACGUAGACUGUGUUAUGCUCAAGUGGCGGAGGCGAGCCGGUGUUAGCGUCCCGAGCGUCCCCCGACAAGGCCUCAGACUCUUGGAAGCGCUGUGUUGCGUCCUUUGCCCAUUCCAGCCGUGCUAGAGUACAAAUAGGUUAGAGCGAGGCCAUCCUGCCCUGUCUUGUCUCCCGGACCCGCUGGCCGUGGCCGCGUCCUCCCCCAAGUCUUGGUCUGAGGUUCUUAAGCCGUCUCGUUCAGUCCCUGUGAGCAGCGUGUGUUCUGACAUGCGAGCCGCCCUCCGGUUGGCCUCUCGGCUUAACGUUUCCUCCAGCUGACACCUUGUUCACCCUUCACCGAGCUGGCGUGGCUGCCCGAGGUCCGCGCGACGACACACAUACACACACACACACACACACACACACACGAUGUACAGAAGGACAGCCUCCGGUGUAGCGACGAAGGGCGGCACACGCCUAGGACCUCUCGUGCGUAGAGAACUUAGAGUCUAGUGUGCUUCGGAGCGUUGGGGGCCAGCCAGGUCCCGCCGCCGCCCCGACACAGGCUGCUGUACAAACUCCGGCCAGCGCGCGCCACCCUGCUUACUGUUGCUGUCACCUACUGACUAUUUAUUGUGUGACGACCAUCUCCAGUCUCUGCUGUGCUUCACCAGGCGUCCACACGUCCAGCAGCAGCGCGAGCAGUCUGUCUGUGUGUCCGUGCAGACUCUCCUAUUGGUUAUUGUGGAUGAUGACGAUAAUGAAAAAAUGAAAAAAUCUGAAAAAAAAUCUUCUUCGGUCCUUCCUCUAUGGGGUGCGGGAAAUAACCAGCUAUGGGGCGUCUUGUACUCACCACACAUAAACACAGGGGUUACAGUAAACUGGUAUUUUGGCUAACCUGGAGUUUUAUUAAGCCUCUCGUGUUUUCGUUAGCUUUUAUAGGUUCAAAGAGUUUUAGUACCAUCAUGUUACUACAUCAAUAAUAAAAUAUAUCUAUAUUACC